AUGUCUUCGUUCGGCGAGAAAAUAAACGCGCAACUCGAGGAUGCUGUGACAUGCGUCGAGAUAUUCCGCGCGCGACUGGAUGAGGCUGCUCGUCGAUCAAAACUCAAGAGUAAAGCAUUUUCCUCUCCAAAUGAAAUGGUUACAUUUAUCAUCGGUGUCGGCGAAGAUCAGGAGAAUUUUCUUAUCCACAAACAAGUGGCCUGCCAGCAUUCGGAAAUUUGGGAUAGAGCUUUCAACAGUUCGUUCAUCGAGGGACAGACGCAGACUUAUUGUGUUGAGGAUACGAAUGUGGAGGUUUUUCGAUUGUUGAUGCAAUGGGUUUACCAGGAAAAGUUUGACCAUGUCCACUCAGACCGAGGACAGGCAGGAUCCAGCGAAUGCAAAGGAGAGACGCAGCAAGAAUGUGCCGCGGAAGAUAUUUUGCUGGUGCAGCUCUGGAUCUUAGCGGAUAGAUUCCUGAUUCGAAAGCUUCAAAAUUAUACCAUGAACAUCAUGUUGAAAUCUCACAGAGGUUGUGGAGCAAUGGAAGAUAACUGUUAUCGGUAUUUGUAUGACAACACAGCGAAGGAUUGUGUUUUGAGAACUCUUGCGGUGGAGCAGAAAUGUUGGGAUAUUCACGACAUGUCUUCAUCGGCGGUGCUCGACGCUGAUUAUCCAGCACAAAUGUUGAAUGAUAUGGUGGUUGUCUUGCAAAGCCAGGUACCUAUCGGUGUGAAGAACAAGUGGCGUCAGAAUUCCGAAGAAAACAAGAGAAGAUAUCUUAUCGUGGAGGCUUCUGAUACCGGUAAGAAGCUAUCUCAUUGA